AUGCCACCAAAGAAGCAAGUUGAAGAGAAAAAAGUUUUAUUAGGUCGUCCAGGUAACAACUUGAAGGCCGGUAUUGUCGGUUUAGCCAAUGUUGGUAAAUCUACUUUUUUCCAAGCCAUCACUAGAUGUCCUUUAGGUAACCCAGCUAACUAUCCUUUCGCUACCAUUGAUCCUGAAGAAGCUAGAGUUAUUGUUCCAUCUCCAAGAUUCGAUGAAUUAUGUAAAAUCUACAAGCCAGCUUCUGAAGUUCCGGCUCAUUUGACUGUCUACGAUAUUGCUGGUUUGACUAAAGGUGCCUCUGCCGGUGAAGGUUUGGGUAAUGCUUUCUUGUCCCAUAUCAGAUCUGUCGAUUCUAUUUACCAAGUUGUUCGUUGUUUCGAUGAUGCUGAAAUUAUCCAUAUCGAAGGUGAUGUUAACCCAACCCGUGAUUUGGAAAUUAUCAGUAACGAAUUGAGAUUGAAAGACAUUGAAUUCUGCGAAAAAGCCUUGGAGGCUGCUGAAAAGAUUGCUAAGAGAGGUGGUCAAUCUUUGGAAGUUAAGCAGAAGAAGGAAGAAAUGGCUUUGAUCGAAAGAAUCAUCCAAUUAUUAAAGGACGGUCAAAGAGUCGCUAACCAAUCGUGGACUCCAAAAGAAGUUGAAAUCAUCAACAGCAUGUUCCUAUUGACUGCCAAGCCAUGUAUCUACUUGAUUAACUUAUCCGAACGGGACUACAUCAGAAAGAAGAACAAGCAUUUACUGUUGAUCAAGGAAUGGAUUGACAAGAACUCUCCAGGUGAUUUGGUUAUCCCAUUCAGUGUCUGUCUAGAAGAAAGAUUAUCCCACAUGUCCGACGAAGAAGCUGCUGAAGAAUUAAAAACUAUCGGUGCCGUAUCUGCUUUACCAAAGAUUGUCACUACCAUGAGAAAGAAGUUAGAAUUGAUCUCCUUCUUCACAUGUGGUCCAGAUGAAGUUAGAGAAUGGACUAUUAGAAAGGGUACCAAGGCUCCGCAAGCUGCUGGUGUCAUUCACAAUGAUUUAAUGAACACUUUCAUCUUAGCUCAAGUAAUGAAAUACGAAGAUGUCGUCGAAUACAAAGACGACGCUGCCAUUAAAUCUGCAGGUAAAUUACAACAAAAGGGUAAAGAUUACGUUGUCGAAGACGGUGAUGUCAUCUACUUCAGAGCAGGUGCUGGUAAGAAUUAA